UAAUAAUAAUAACAACAUCAUCAACAAUAAUAAACAUCUUUGAAGAGGUAUUCAGGAUGUACAAUAUUAGGGGAACCAUUCUGGGAUGAUGUCUGGGGAAAGUCCAGUGGCCAUUUGGGAAAGAAAAGGGGCCAGAAUGAGCAGGGCAUGAGGUUCCCCUGAUGUCGAGCUCUUUUAGUUAGGGAUUUCCUUCUUGAAGGGAGUUCCCCGCUCCUCUCUCGGGCGUGAGUCCGAGGAUCCUGGCAAGAGGGGGAGCCGCUAUAGAUCAAUCAAGGUUUAGCCAAAGAAUUUCUCACCCUCAGGAUGUUGAAGAAAGAACACUGAGUUGUUUUAUUCAGUUUCAGCUGAAAAAGGAUGACCCCCGCGAUCAUUCGUCAAGGAACCAUAACAUACAUUUACAGCAACCACUUUUAUAACAAAAAUAUGGGGGGCGCGGAUUGAAUUCCGCGCUACACCUUUUCCCCGCCUUCGUAUGCGCUGAUUGGUCCUUAAAAUGGUGGCGGGAACCCUCGUCCAAUCAGAGGGCUCCCUGGUAUAGUGGUAUAGUUCAAUAUAUUAAUAUAUAAUGCUAAUAUUGUGCUAUGCUAAUAAUAUAAUGUAUUGUAUGUACAUACAGCUGCUCUGAGUCUCCUUCUGGGUGAGAAGGGUGGGAUAUAAAUGUAGUAAAUAAAUAAUUAAUUUUAGACUUAGGCUCGCCCAAAGUCUGAAAUGACUUGAAGGCACACAACAACAACAAUCCUAAUUAACUUGACUAUCUCAUUGGCCAGUAGCAGGCCCACACUUUCCAUUGAAAUCCUGAUAGGUUUAUGUUGGUUAAAAUUGUUUUCAUUUUUAAAUAUUGUAUUGUUCUUUCGUUGUUGUUGUUGUUGCACUACAAAUAAGACAUGUGCAGUAUGCAUAGGAAUUUUUCUUUUUUUUUUUUUCAAAUGAAAAUUCGGCCCCUCAACAGUCUGAAAGAUAGUGGACCGGCCCUCUGCUUCAAAAGUUUGAGGACCCCUACUCUAAAGGGUUGGGGCUUGCUGUAUACAUUUCUCCUUGUUGAGAUCAAUUUGGUUAGUUUCUGCCAAUCGGCUCUUUAAUCUGUUGUGGUCAUUUUGAAUCCCGACCCUGUCUUCUGGAGCGUCCGCUCUCCCUCUCAGUUUGGGGUCAUCUUCCUAGAAAUCUCAGCCGUCUUCUGAUUUCUUGAGUGCAAUGAAUGACACUGAAUGUGGAGAACUCUCCCUUUGAAGGACAUUAGACUGUAUUCCGGCGGUUGAUCCCUCAGGUGGGACUCAUCGUAGGCACAUCUGGGGCGCAAGCAAGGCCGGCUCACAAGAUGAGGCGGCUGCAGCGAGACGAGACUCUGCUCUCCUUCAUCCCAAAGUCACUUUGCUGGGAGGCAGAGGGAGGUGAAAGGCGCAUGGCUCUCUCGGCGCAUGAGGGCCAUGAAGGGCCUUCCAAGAGCACCGCGUGGCUCCCAGAGGCGAGCUGUUCUAAGGCCCCCCUCCCUGCCUAAAUAUAACCUUGCCGCCCGGCCCAUUCGCCCCGCAGGAGGGGCUAUAAUUAACCAAGGGCCCGGUCCAAAAAUAAAAAGUCCCGUGCCCUACCCCUCUCUCCCCCUUCUCCUCUCUCUCUUGGCCAGACACAUUUGCUCAGUGGACGGCGCACAGGUCAGUCAUGAAGCUCUGAUGCCAACGAAGCUUGGAUGAGACCGACGUCCAUUGGAGAGAUGGGCAGCUUUUGGGGCCGUCGCCCAACAGAGUCACCCCUCUUCCUCCUUGGACGGAAGACCUGAGUUUGGGAUGGGAACUGCUUAGCCUUGGAGCCUCCCCAUCCGGAAGGGGGCCCCGAUGGGCGAGUGGCACCUGCUGGGCCGGCUGCUGGAGAGUGCGCAGGAGCACUCCACGGAGGUGGGCAAGGUCUGGCUGACGGUGCUCUUCAUCUUCCGCAUCCUGGUCCUGGGGGCGGCUGCCGAGAAGGUCUGGGGGGACGAACAGUCCAACUUCUCCUGCGACACCAAGCAGCCUGGCUGCCAGAGCGUCUGCUACGACCAGACCUUCCCCAUCUCCCACGUCCGCUUCUGGGUGCUGCAGAUCAUUUUCGUCUCCACCCCGAGCCUGGUCUACCUGGGCCACGUCCUGCACCUGGUGCGCAAGGAGGAGAGGGAGCGGGGCCUCUCUGCGGCUGGCACCCCCCUUCGCGACCCCUGGGGCCGGAUCCGCCUGCGAGGGGCCGUGCUGCAGACCUACCUCUGCAACGUGGUCUUCAAGGCCCUGCUGGAGGUGGGCUUCAUCCUGGGCCAGUACCUGCUCUACGGCUUCGGCCUGAAGCCUCUCUACACCUGCAGCCGCUGGCCCUGCCCCAACGCCGUCAACUGCUACAUCUCGCGGCCCACGGAGAAGACCAUCUUCAUUCUCUUCAUGCUGGCCGCGGCCUGCCUCUCGCUCCUCCUCAACGUGGUGGAGGUCUGCCACGUGCUCCGAGCCAAAUGCAGCAGGGCAGGACGGGGGUCCCAGGCCGAAUCAGAGGUCCUGGCUGAGGCAGAAGUAGAGACCCCAGCCCACCUCCCUGGGGGCAAAGACGUCGUCGCCGGCAUCGGAAACCCCAACUGGGAUCGACACCAGAAGCGAGGCAGCAAGCCCAGCAAGUCCAGUGCGAAAUGGAGGCCGAGUGAUUUGGCUGUUUAAGGGCUUCUGUGGCAAGGCAAGCACUCUUCGGAUCAUAGAGACCCCAAAGGCCAUCCAGUCCAACCCCAUUUGUGCCAGGCAGGACAAGCACAAUCAAAGCACCCCCGAGAGAUGGUCAUCCAGCAAUAAUAAUAAUAAUACAGUAGUCUCACUUAUCCAACAUAAACGGGCCGGAAGAACGUUGCAUAAGCAAAUAUGUUUGAUAAUAAGGAGGGAUUAACAAAAAGCCUAUUAAACAUCAAAUUAGGCUACGAUUUUACAAAUUAAGCACCAAAACAUCAUGUUAUACAACAAAUUUGACAGAAAAAGUAGUUCAGUAUGCAGUAAUGCUAUGUAGUAAUUACUGUAUUUACAAAUUUAGCACCGAAAUAUACAAUGUAUUGAAAACAUUGACUACAAAAACAUUGACUACUAAAAGGCAGACUGAGUUGGAUAAUCCAGAAUGUUGGAUAAACGAAUGUUCCUAGAGAAGUGCACUUGGAAAGGACCAGACGCAGAGCUUUUUCUAUUUCUGCCCCUGCCUUAUGGAAUGCCUUGCCGCCCUACAUGAGAGCCAUGCGUGAGUUAGGGCCUUUUACCCUAGCACUCAAGACCUGGCUCUUUACUAGAGCUUUUAAUCUAUGCUAAUUUUAUCAAUAUUUGUAUGUAUGUAUUUUUAUCCUUUACAAUUUUAUCUUGUAAAUCGCCUAGAGCAUCUUGAGUGGAGGGCGAUUCGUAAGUAAUUAAAUGAUGAUGAUAAUGAUGGAUAAGUGAGACUCUACUGUAAUAAUAAUAAUAAUAAUAAUAAUAAUAAUAAUAAUAAUAAUAUUUGCCUUUUCCCUCUUGGACCUUUGGUUUGGCUUCUUGGAAAUGGAAGAGGCCAGGGACUUGCAGGAAACCAUCUCAUUUUGUGUUUGCAGAAGAUGUCUUGAACUUCAGCUCCCAGAAGCUCCAGUCAAUAGUCUGGGAGCUGGAGAACCAGCUACCACUGUUAGGAAUUGUGGGAGUUGAAGUCCAAAACACCUGGAGAACUGAAGUUUGCCCAAGCCUGCUCUAAAUUAUCACCCAACUAUCACAAAUAUAGAAGUAGAAGGGAGAGGGCCUUUUCGGUGGUGGCUCCCCGGCUGUGGAACACCCUCCCCAGAGAUAUACGUCAAGCCCCAACCCUUCUGAGUUUUAGAAAAGCCCUGAAAACAUGGCUAUGUGCCCAGGCUUUCGAUGAUUAAAUGAUAAAGACGACCCAGACUGACUUAUGGCCACAGUACGAGGAUAUUGGAUGAAUGGACUUUAACUAUAUGUUUUAUAUUUUUAUAUUGUUUUAAGUGUUGUAAUUGGAUUUUAUUCAUUGCUAUGUUUUAAAUGUGUGUAGGCAUCGAAUUGUUGCCAAUUGUGUACGCCGCCCUGAGUCCCUUCGGGUGAGAAGGGCGGGAUAUAAAUGUUGUAAAUAAAUAAAAUAAAAUAAUAAUAAUAAUAAUAAUAAUAAUAAUAAUAAAUGUCAAACUAUUCUGGGACUUCCGAAUUCCGAAUGGCUGACAGUUUUGGAGCACAAUACUCCUGACCUCACGACUGUGUUAAAAAACAAAGUAUGGAUCAUUGAUGUUGCAAUCCCAAGUUCCAAGGUCUCUUUUACAAAUUGACUGCUUUAAUGCCAGACAUUACUCAUCCUCUAUCUGUGCAUUUCACUUUUUAAGUCUGUAGUAUCCUACAUUUCAUCUUGCUGAGAUCAGUGUUCUUCGUUUUGGCCAAUCAGCUCCCUAAGCUGUGAAGAUCAUUUUAGAUCCUGAACCUGUCUUCUAGAGCAGGCAUGGGCAAACUUCGGCCCUCCGGGUGUUUUGGACUGCAACUCCCACCAUUCCCAACAGCCUCAGCCCCCUUCCUUUCCCCCCUCAGCCAUUUAAGCUUGGACUAGAUGGCAUUUGUGGUCACCUUCCAAAUCCAGGAUUGGAUGACUCUGACUUGAAGGCCUGCUGCUUUGCCUGUGGCUCUUUCCAAAGAUCACCUUUUUCUGGGACGAGGAGCAAAGAUGUCCAAAGGAAGCCUUGUGGAGACGGAGGGCUCAAGGCGGCUGCGGCUGCCCUCCAGCGGCCAGAAAGCAGCACAACUGACCUCCCAAAGUGACCCAGGGCCCCUCCAAGGCAAUAUGGAAAUAAAGCCGGACUUUGCCAGGACAUCCUUGGCUUAUUUCGCUCCUUCACAAAACAGCUUCUGAAACCUAUUGCACAAGACAACCAUGCAUUCUGUGUGUCUUGCAAUGGGUUUGCCCCAUUUCAGGAAUUUGUGAUGAAAAAUCAGUCUCUGCAAGAAAAACUGGGUGUCAAAACGUUGUCAGCACAAUAGAUGCUGCCCUCUGCGUCCAAGAUGUUUGGCACAAAUUCAUUUUGCAAAGUCCCUAAGUCUUGUGUUGAGACGCUUAUUUGUAAGGAAGAGGGGCAGGACAAGGGUUUUGAGGAAUGCAACAAUUAGGAAUUGUGGGAGUUGAAGUCCAAAACACCUGGAGGGCUGGAGUUUGCCCAUGCCUGGGAGUUAAAAGGUAAAGGUUUCCCCUGACGUUAAGUCCAGUAAUGUCCGACUCUGGGGGUUGGUGCUCAUCUUCAUUUCUAAGCCGAAGAGUCGGCGUUGUCCGUAGACACCUCCAAGGUCAUGUGGCCGGCAUGACUGCUUGGAGCGCCGUUACCUUUCCGCCGGAGCGGUACCUAUUGAUCUACUCACAUUGGCAUGUUUUUGAACUGCUAGCUUGGCAGGAGCUGGGGCUAACAGCGGGCGCUCAUUCUGCUCCCAGGAUUUGAACCUGGCACCUUUCAGUCUGCAAGUUCAGCAGCUCAGUACUUUUAACACAGUGUGGUACCCGUGUGUUAGGUAAAGGUAAAGGUUUCCCCUGACGUUAAGUCCAGUCAUGUCUGACUCUGGGGGUUGGUGCUCAUCUCCAUUUCUAAGCCGAAGAGCCGGCGUUGUCUGUAGACACCUCCAAGGUCAUGUGGCUGGCAUGACUGCUUGGAGCGCCAUUACCUUUCCGCCGGAGCGGUACCUAUUGAUCUACUCACAUUGGCAUGUUUUCGAACUGCUAGGUUGGCAGAAGCUGGAGCAACAGCGGGCGUUCACUCCGCUCCCAGGAUUUGAACCUGGGACUUUUCGGUGCUUUAACACACUUCGCCACCGGGGCUCCUAAGCCUAACCCUAAUCCUAACCCUAACUUUAAACAAAGACAACUCAGAAUGCAUAGAGUCAUUGCUUUGCAGUGCGUUAACCUAAUGGUUCUGGUUUUCUAUGCCGUCUUUG